AUGACAGGAAGGAAUCCCUCAGAUAUUAAUGUGGUCAACAGCCCAAAAUGGAAGGGAUUUCUGGACUGCAAAUCAGAAGUUGAAUAUUCAGGAAACACGAGGCAGAGCACUAGGGAAGCCAGCAGCGACGAAGGAGAUGAAUACCAGGAGUCUUACGAAGAGAGACUCGAGCGAUGGAAGGCAUUUUUCAAGCAACAGCCACUGGGGAGGUGCUUAGAUGCGGGCGAGGAAGAUGCCUUGAUGGGAGAACUUCUCUACGAGAGGCUGUUGGAGGAAGUUCGUGACUUGUACCAAGUUGGAACCGACGUGAGCAACGUCAAGGUUUUGGGAGAUAGAACUGAGCUAAGUACGAGGGCUUUCUGGACACGAAUUAGAAAUGAACUCUGGUAAGUAGCCUCUUGUAAUCUAGAAGUGCUCAGCUGAUCGCAGUUUAUGUUGGCAGGAUCGACGACGAUGAGAUAUAUCACGAGUGGGCCGACGCUGAAGAGAUAUAUCAUUAUUGGCCUUGGGUUGAUCGAGAUGACGAGAGUAUAGUAGGGCUUCAUAACUUACAACUCGGAAGGCACAUAAAUCGCUGGUGGAAGCCAGAGAACCCUCCCAAGGUUAAGAAGCCAAAGGAGCCCAAGAGAUUGAGGAAGCACACCAUUUUGAGGAUAGGAAUAUGA